AUGGGAGCGUACGCACUUCACAUCGAGAUCUUCUACCCGAUUAUUGCAGUCAUUGGUGUGCCUGCCAACUUGAUGUCCUUGGUGAUCCUGUUUCGAGGAAAGUGCGGUCUCUCCAAAGACAUCACCUGCUACAUGAUUGCCAUGGCGAUGGGUGAUCUCAUGGUGUUGGUCUUCAACGUCAUAGUCAGCCAGAUAGUCAGGUACCACUUCCCCGGGUCUCCGCUCCGCUACACGCCAGUGUGUCGGCUCAGUUCCUAUCUGCAAGGCUUCAGUUUCCAGCUCAGUACCUGGUUCACCGUAUCCUUCACGUGUGACCGUUUCGUGGCUAUCUGUUGCCAGAAGCUGAGGCGCACGUAUUGCACCGAGAGAACCGCGGCCAUGGUGCUAGCGACGGUAGGAAUGGUCAGCGUGUUGACCAACGUGCCCUUGCCGCUCCGGUACCGGCCCUGUUACACCGUUCACCGUGUGGCCUACGGUUGCUGCCCUGUGCCGGGUCACUUGGAAUCCCCGCUGUGGUCCGCCCAUGGUUGGGCCUCCAACCUGCUCAACACCUUCCUCCCCAUCCCAGCCCUGCUGCUGCUGAAUUCGCUGACCGCCAGAUACAUCCUGGGGGCCAGCAGGGCCCGGCUGGCCUUGAAGGGCCCUCGCCAGGUGGGCGGUGACGACGACCCCGAGGUCAGGAGCCGGAGGGCGUCGGUCGCACUGCUCUUCGCCGUCUCCGGGAGCUUCGUGGCGCUGUCCGUUCCCAUCAUGGUGAUCGACGCCUGGGUCGGGGUGAGCGGGACGGUGAUGUUCCGCGGGCCCCGCUCGCUGUACGCGGCCGUGCAAGUCGCGAUGCUGCUGAAGUGCCUCGGUUCCUGCACAAACACCUGUGUGUACGCGCUCACCCAGAGCAGGUUCAGAGCGCAGAUGAUCGGCCUGCUCACACCCCCCUUCGCUGGUCUGUGCAUAGGUGUGAAGCGAACAUACUGA